AUGGUUUCUCCAGUCCUUGUAAGUGUCGAGGAGGCCAAGCAGGUACUGAGUGUUCCGUUCGUCGGCGAGGCUCUUGUGCCAUUUACGUCUGUGGCGGAUGUUAGCUCGAUCGUUGCUGUUGUGAAGCAGUUCUUGGGCAAGAUCUAUGUUGACUGGGCAGUCAAAUCCGACUCCGAUUUGAGUGAGGAACUCGUUGACGGGGUGUUGACCUUGCUCAACAACGGUGUUCACGGGAUCUUCGUUGAUGAGUCUGUUGGCUCGGCCAUUCAGACCAGAAUUCCUAAUGCCCGUCUGGUUAUCAAGAAUGGCUCUGGCGAUAGCCAGGAUAUCAGUGUGAGCGGCGCAACCAGCGUCAAGGUCGGCAAGCGAAGAGUUUUUGGAACGUUCAGCGACCCGGUUGCUGAGAUCGCCAAGGGAUACACCGCCAUCAUCAAGCUCGCCCAAUUAACUACAGACUACGAGCACUCGGGAGAAAGGAUCUCGUUUGCAGACUGCUAUUUGGCAGCUCUCACCACCGACAGACAGGACGGUUUGUACACAACGCUGGUGACCGACAGCAGAAAUCAGGCGCUUGGUCUGGUUUACUCUUCCAAGAAGUCCAUUUCCGAGGCCAUCAAGACCGGUACCGGAGUGUACCAAUCCAGAAAGCACGGACUCUGGUACAAGGGCCAGACGUCUGGUGCUACACAGAAACUGUUGCAGUUGGAACUCGACUGCGAUUCUGACUGUUUGAAGUUUGUUGUUGAGCAAGCUGGUGCCGGAUUCUGCCAUCUGGACACUGCCUCCUGUUUCGGAGCAGCUAAGGGACUCUCUGCGCUGGAGUCUACUUUGUGGGACCGCAAGGCCAAUGCUCCUGAAGGCUCGUACACCAAGAGACUAUUCCAGGACGAGAAGCUGUUGAACGCCAAGAUCCAGGAAGAGGCCGACGAGUUGGUGGAAGCCACCUCCAAGGACGAGAUUGCCUGGGAGGCUGCUGACUUGCUCUAUUUUGCUCUGACCAAGUGUGUCAAGUACGAUGUUUCGUUGACAGAUAUCGAGAGAAACCUUGAUCUCAAGUCGUUGAAGGUGACCAGAAGAAAGGGCGACGCUAAGCCAAAAUACGUCAAGGAAGAGCCAAAGAAAGAGACCAGGCCAGAACCAAAGAAGGUCGACGAGUCUGCUCGUAUCGUGAUGGGCCGCGUGGAUGCUACGACUGCCACCAAGGCCGAGAUCGACCAGUGUUUGCAAAGACCUAUCCAGAAGUCUGCCGACAUCAUGAACCUGGUGACUCCGAUCGUGGAGAAGGUGAGAAAGGAGGGAGACUCUGCAUUGGUUGAGCUGACCGCCAAGUUCGACAAGGUGGAGCUCGCCUCGCCUGUGCUGAACGCUCCAUUCCCAGAGGAGAUGAUGAAGGUCACCGACGACAUCAAAGAGGCCAUCGACAUUUCUUUUGCCAACAUCAAGAAAUUCCACGCCGCCCAGAACCAGACAGAGACUCUCACCGUGGAGACGUGUCCGGGUGUUUUCUGCUCGCGGUUCGCUCGGCCGAUCGAGAAGGUCGGAUGCUACAUUCCAGGAGGAACCGCUGUGCUGCCGUCGACGUCGUUGAUGCUUUCUGUGCCUGCUUUGGUUGCUGGUUGCAAAGACAUUGUGUUUGCUUCUCCGCCAGGUAAGGACGGCCGUCUGACCCCAGAAGUGGUUUACGUUGCACACAAGGUGGGAGCUAAGUGUAUUGUUCUUGCUGGAGGUGCGCAGGCUGUUGCUGCAAUGGCCUAUGGAACAGAGUCUGUGCCAAAGUGCGACAAGAUCAUGGGACCUGGUAACCAGUUUGUCACUGCUGCCAAGAUGCUUGUUUCGAACGACUCGAGCGCCAUGUGUGCCAUCGACAUGCCUGCUGGGCCUUCUGAGGUGCUCGUUGUCGCCGACAAGCACGCCGACCCAGACUUUGUUGCCUCUGACUUGCUGUCCCAGGCAGAACACGGUGUCGACUCGCAGGUGAUUCUGAUCGCCGUGGACAUGACAUCCGAGGAGAUCGACAAGAUCGACGACGCUGUCCACCGCCAGGCCCUCGAGCUGCCGCGGGUCGAUAUUGUGCGCCAGUGUAUUGCCCACUCUACCACGAUCGCAGUCAAAUCGUAUGACGACGCUUUGGACAUGAGCAACAGAUACGCUCCGGAGCACCUGAUCCUGCAGAUCGAACAGGCCGAGAAGUACGUCGACAAGGUCGACCACGCGGGCUCUGUGUUUGUGGGCGCUUACUCGCCAGAAAGUUGCGGUGAUUACUCCUCUGGAACCAACCACACUCUCCCCACCUACGGUUACGCAAGAAUGUACAGCGGAGUCAACACCGCCACUUUCCAGAAGUUCAUCACGUCGCAAGUGGUGACUAAGCAAGGGCUGAAAAGCAUUGGAAAGGCUGUGAUGGACCUGGCUGCCGUGGAAGGUCUUGACGCGCACAGAAAUGCCGUCAAAAUUAGAAUGGAGAAAUUGGGCUACCUUAAAUAA